GGUUCCUGGCCGGUCAGAGCGCAGCGGAGCCCGGCGGCAGCAGCACGGAGCAGCGGGGCGACGCGGCAGAGACGCAGCGGGGAUCAGCAGCUGAGGAGCGGCGGAGCUGAGGCCGAGGCUGCGCUCCUCCUGCGGGACUCGGGGGGGCUUCAGCCGGGUCCUGCUCUGCUCUCUGGGAGCACGUCACGGGGCCGUGAAGGGACUCCGGUCAACACAACGCUGACAGCCGGCAGCAUGAAGAAGAACAGCUCCGGGACACGGGGGGCAUCGGACUCGGCGCCGCAGAACGUUCCGCCCGAUAAGGUCGGCUGGAUCCGGAAGUUCUGUGGGAAAGGGAUCUUCAGAGAGAUCUGGAAGAACCGCUUUGUGGUUCUGAGGGGAGAUCAGCUGUUCAUCUGCGAGAAAGAGGUGCGGGGGACGGAGUUUGGGCGGGCCGACGAGGUUCUGGACCUGGUGGACUACGAGCGCUGUGAGGAGAUCCGCAAGAACAAGAGCCGGAGCAAGAAGAACCACAGCAAGUUCAGACUGCAGCGCUGCAGCUCGCCGGGGAACACGGUUCCUAACCUGGUGUUCCUCGCCGUCAGUCCGGAGGAGAAAGAGUCGUGGAUCAACGUCCUGACUUCCUCCAUCACACGAGCCAAAAACAGGAUCCUGGAUGAGGUGACAGUAGAAGACUCUGAGUUGUCUCAUCUGACUCGAGACCGAGUGAAGAUCCCUCACCUCCGCCGGCUGCCCACCAGAGGUCACCUGCUGGCUGUGGCCUCCUCUUCCUCAGACGGGAUGCUGACUCUGGAUCUUAUCCAGGAGGAGGACGCUCCGUCUCCUCGGCGAGCCGACGGCCGCGACAGGUUCAGGGUUGACUUGGACAAAACGACGUCCCACCUCAGCCCAGACUGUCCCAGGUCCAAAACCGAUGGCUCUCUCUCUGUCAGGACUGCCGAGGCUUCUGGGAAAUCCCAGAGCCUUCCCCGGGAGGUGGCGGUGCUGUGGGAGCAGACGGGCCAAACCCAAACCCAGUCGGGGAAACGCCUCUCGCCGGCGGAGAAAAACCGCUGCGCCUCCAUGGACGAGAUCCUGGCGCACUCUGAGACUAAAGUCGCUACGAACAAGACGGUGUUGGCGAGCCGGUCGCCGGCCUCGCUGAGCGGAACCACAGCAUCCGUCAACCGGCUGCAGGAGCUGAUCAGCCAGAAACUGGAGAAGACGGAGCGGCUGCUGACGGAGGUGCGGGAGGAGGCGCCGGGGGAGGCCAGGGAGCGGGGGAGGAUGAAGGGGAAGGAGUCGACUGAAGCUGAGAGACUCCUGAAGGAGGCGGCGGCGACGUGGAACCAGGCCCAGGAGGUGCUGGAGGAGGUGAAGGAGCUGAGGGCGUUGUGCCGACAACUGGACUCCCCCCCCAUCCUCACCCGCUCCAACAACAGCACCAAACUAAACCCAGACCGGAAGAGCCUUAUGUGAGCCGCGCGGUACGGACUCUCUCUGGUACGUACGGGUCCACACCGGUCCGGUCCAGUCAAGACCAGAAGCUGAACUUCUGCUUGUUGGACUUCAGGCAAAGCUGCUGAGAACUGGAUCAACCACUUUUAAAUUAUUCUGGUUUUGAAUUUCGGGUAUCAGGACGGACGAAGAGCUCAUCAAACAUCUUCAUCACAGAAGCAGUUUGUAGCUCAAAUUAAACUCAAGUCAUGUAAACACUUCACGUGACUUGAGUUCACACAAACAAGAAAACGUGCCAAGACGAAGAGACGAAACACCCCUUGAACCUUUUCAUCACAACGCGUGUUGUUGCGUCUUCAGAGAACUUAAACUAGAAGACGUUUUAUUUCAGCUGCCGGAACGAACAGUCAAUAAUGUUUGAAGGAGAUCUCGAGGACUCGAGGACUUAAGGACUCAAGGACUCAUUCCUGGAGUCUUUGAAGCAGACUGUGACUUUCAAAGACUACUUAGCUCAACGUCAUGAAGUUGGUUCCGCUGGUUCUGGUUUUUGUUCAGAUUCGACUGAGGAUCGGGUAGAAAAGAAACUUUUCUUUUCAGGGACCUUUAAAGACCAGAAGAGGACAAACAACAGCAGGACUCUUUAAAACACCUGAAACAUACUUGAUUAGACCAAUAAGACCAACAAGACCCAACAAGACCAAGACCAACAAGGCUCAACAAGACCCAACACGACCAAGACAUCCAAGACCAAAAAGACUCAACAAGACCAACAAUACUCAACAAGACCAACAAGACCAAAACCAACAAGACUCAACAACACCAGUGAGACCCAACAAGACUCAACAAGACUCAACAACACCAGCAAGACUCAACAAGACCAACAAGGCCCAACAAGCCUAAAUAAGACCCAACAACACCAGCGAGACCCAAUAAGACCCAACAACACCAGCGAGACCCAACAAGACCCAACAAGACCGAGACCAACAAGGCUCAACAAGGUCCAACAAGAUCCAACAAGACCCAACAACACCAGCGAGACCCAACAGGACCCAACAAGACCAAGACCAACAACUCUCAACAAGACCCAACUAGACCAAGAAGGAUGAACAAGACCCAACAGAACCAACAAGACCAGAUCUCAGAGUCUUUGAUUGUUCGUCUCUUCAAAUCAGGACCAGCUAACGAGGCUAAGGAAGCUAAGGAAGCUAACAACUCGAGAGAAACUAAAUCUGAAACUGAACAAAAUGAAAACCAAAGCUAGCAAGCUAACGUGAAUUAGCUGACACUAGCUAAUGCUAACGUAGCAUCCUAGCUACCGUGCUGUUGUUCUUCUAGCUAUCUUAUUAUUCAUGAGCCAACAAACAGAAUAACACAGAGCUUUUAAAGUUUGUAUCUCUUUCAUUUAAGACAUUAAUUAAAAUAUAGAUAAUCUCUAUUUACAUGAUCAGAAAUAUGUAAAUGUCUGUUUAUACCGUCGGUUGAAUAUCACAAAGAUGUCAGCAAAAUGGGAAAACUGGAAAAUCUCCAUUUAAUCUGAUUUAUUUAUUAUUUCAAGAUAUAUUAUUCCGUCAUUUCUCAACAUUUUUACUUUUGCGUUUUAUUUUAAACAUUUAAUCCACAUUUAUGUUCUUAAAGUCCUGUUUAUUAAAAAUUAAUCGAUGAAGGUUUCCUGCUCAGAGGCACGUUGGCAGGUCACAUGACACGUUGAAUACAAUCAUUCAUUCGUUGAUAUAAUAAAAUGAUUUAUUCAUUUCAUCCCAGAAUAACAAGAGAAAUGUUUUAACUGCUGAUUGAAGCACAUUUAAAGCUUUAAAUGAGCUUUCACAAUUAAACGCUUUAUUUUUGGACCCGAAAGCAGCAGAAACUUCUGAGUUUUACUGGAAGAUUAUUUUUGUAAGAAACAUUCAGACUUUUGUAAUUUAACGUCAGGUUUUUUGUUUGAGAGCGAAGCAAUAAAAAAACAAAAACACGACAAUUCAUUUAAAAAUCAUUUAAAAUCUGGUUUCACAGAUUCAUUCUUAAUAAAAGAAUCAAAGCGAUUUUACAACAUUUUGGGCAGAAGAUUCCAGUUAAAGUAUAAAUGACUUUACACUUAAAUAAUAAUAUUUAAAACGUUUAAUGGGGGAUAAAAUGUUUGUGAUGAAACUCUGAAUGUAAACAGAUUGUUUUCAUUUCAUUCUUGCACAAAAUCAGGUGACAGUUUAAUUUUUAACGCGUGAUUGUUGUUGUUUGUGCAGACGAGUACGACUUUAUUGUUAAAAUGGAAAUUCAUUUGACUUUUUGCUCGUUUAAUACGAACAUAAAGUGGGAAAAUUACAUUUUUAGGAGUUUAAAACCGUCCCUAUGAGCUUCCAUACAUGAAUGUUUUCACCUUUAGUUGUCUUCCUGUUUGUGUCUGUGGAUGCCAGAGGGCAUGAUGGGAGAUGUAGUCCAUCUGCUCACAAUAAAAAACCUGCAAACUGGACCUGGA